AUGAAAAUCGACUUUGCGCUUUUUUCCGUCGCUGCCGCGAGCCAUUUUCGAGCCAUUGGUUUCGAGUAUGAAUAUGUUCCAGCAGUAAGAGGGAACCCUGUCGAUCCUAACUCAGGAUCUCCCGCGAAGAUGGUCGUCACUCGAUCAAUCGGGUGGCGCCGUGGUCCUAACGCUGAUGGCUACACAAACAUGUGCCAGGUGGCAGAUAUAGACACGAACGAAUCCACUGGUAAGCAGGUCCUCGAGAGCAUCACAGGACCAGGCUUAGACGAGUCUUUUUGGUCAUAUUACACCGUAACCAACAUCGAGAUGGAUCCAUCAGUCGACGUCAACUCUCACUGGUGCUUUGGAAGGAAAACUUUCGAGUUUGAGCUACCGGCCGGAACCACGCGAUUCGACCACAGAGGCGAUGGCUGCUGUACGAUCCCCUUCUCGCUCAAUGACGGCACUACGAUCGGUCAAGGAAGCUACGGAUACAAGUCGAUCGUUGAAAAUCCACGAAACAGCUCACCACACUUCUUCUCGAGAGCAAUCUGGGUCGUUGCGAAGGGAUGCGAGGAACAACACUUCAGCUACUUCGGCAACGAGCCAGGACAAGUCAUCCCCGAUGUAGAUCCGGAGAACGAUCGCAUCCGCUGUAGAUGGGCGACAAGUGCUGAUGGAGUUGGUCGCUUCACGUAUGAUGAAGCGUCCAUGAAUGCUUUCGAGCUUGACGAAGACACAUGCAUUGUCACUUAUCGACCAGAACACGAUACUGGCGGCCCAGGAAACAAACCGAUCGCUAUUAUGAUCGAGGAUCGAGACAGAGCAACUAAUGAUUUACAACAUGCCGUUCCGUCAAUUUUCAUCGCGGUAACCUUCGAACCCAACUUAGAAGAUGACAGAAGUUCUGGCAAAAAAUUGUAUGCAGGACUCAUCCCAGAGGACGAUGACGAUGAUCAUUAUCGACGUCGACGAUCCUUUACUGAACAAGCCUACUGCGACGGUAUGCCACGAAUCGAGGUUCGAGAAGACCUCAGCGAACAGAACAGUCUCCACUUCGAAUGGCAAGGAAAGUACGGGCCCUCCAUCUUUAGAGAGCGACGAGACACUGAGUCAUCAAAUGUGAUCACUAUCCCUUGGUCCGCUUCCUACAAAGUCGGCGAUGAGACGUUCUUCGAUGUCCCUCGAUUCCAGUUCAGCAAUCCCUCCGGCAUGACCUGUGCUGAAUUCGACGAAGACGGCGAGACAACCUGCACGUGGGUGCCGACCGCCGAGCAAGCGAUCAAAGGCCAUCACUCUCAUUGCGCAGAAAUCUUCGAUCCCUACGGUCGACCAUCCAACCGCAUUUGCAUCAACAUCAUCUUCGAUCUUCCCGACUGCCCAGCUGGCUUCAGACUUGUCGCUGACGGUGAUUCGAUUGAUUGUCAAGACAUCGACGAGUGCAAGGUCUCAACCACUUGCGGCGCCAAUGAGUCUUGCAAAAACACCGCUGGUGGCUUCGAGUGCAGCUGCCGUCCUGGCUUCAUCGAAGGCGACGAUGGAGAAUGCGUCUUUGCCGACAAUGCGGAGCUUACGCUGCAGCAGUGGGUUGACAUGACCUCCGAUGUGCUUGUUGGUCACGGGCGUGCCGGAAAAUUCACCAAUAGGGUUGAAAAACUCUUUAGAAAUGCAUUUUAUAACCUUAAGGAGGAUUGCAAGACUCCCUUCAACGCUGAAAAAUAUGGCGGGAGCGAUUUCUUCGAUUGGAGCGCAGCUCACUCUCGAUCCGAUUUCUACUGCGCGCAGACCACUCAAGUCAAAGAAGGAUUCCAGGCUUUCAUCGACAACUACUCCUGCACAGAUGGCAUGAAUUCCCGACAAGUCCACCGAGUCACCAAAUUCCUUGAAAAACUCACCAAUCCCUACUGCUAA